AGAGAAGGCAGCGUUUAGGGUUUAGGGUUUAGCCCAGAGAGGCGAGCGCGAUGGAUCCCAAUCAGGUUGCCAAGGCGUUCGUGGAUCACUACUAUUCACUCUUCGACACGAAUCGCCCGGCGCUGGCGGGUCUGUACCAGGAUGGAUCAAUGCUCACGUUUGAGGGCGAGAAGAUCCAGGGCGCUGCUAGCAUCUCCGCCAAGCUCAAUGGAUUGCCCUUCCAGCAAUGCCAGCACCAAAUCUCCACUGUGGAUUUCCAGCCCUCGGGCGCCGGCAGUGGCAUGCUCGUCUUUGUCAGCGGCAGCCUUAAGCUCCAAGGCGAAGAUCAUCCUCUCAAGUUUAGCCAGUUGUUCCAUCUCAUCCCGACUCCACAAGGAAGCUUCUACGUUUUCAAUGAUAUUUUCCGCCUGAACUACGGCUAAAUUGAGUUAGAUCUUCUAGACUUUUCUGGUGUGAGCUCAAAGUUCCUGGUUUUAUUUAAGGUGUUAUUUUUAGAAACCUUUUUAAAUUAUCAUAUACUGUAGCUAGAUUAUAGUUGUGCAUUUUUUUCCUUAAUAUAUUUGUGUUUUUAGAUACAUGUAUGUAUAUAUAUGUAUUACCUUAACUUUAACUAAGUAAUACAUUAAUUA